UCCUCCUUAAAUAGUAGUCUUGCUUAAAAAUCAAGAAUGGACAAUCCUGCUAUACAAACAUUGGAGGCUGCCGCUCAAAUGCUGAUGGCGCCACCUAAUAUGGUGUCUUCAGAGCAACGCCAUCAAGCUGAGAGUGUCUUUCUGGAAUUCCGAAGCACAAAAAAUCCGUAUCAACUGUGUCGAGAAAUCUUAGAAAAAUCAUCAUCAGACUAUGUGUUAUUUGAAGCAGCUGGCUUAUUAAAGUCUGCACUUAUUAGAGAGUGGUCAUUCUUGGCGGAAAACGAGACUUCGUCAUUAAGAGAGUACUUAUUAAAUUAUCUUUUAAGAAAAGAAAUACGACCAUUCCUGAGGGAGAAACUAUUGCAGACAAUUGCUAUAAUGAUCAAAAGGGGUGGUAUUGAUGAUGGAGGUAGGGAAAGAAAGGCCUUAUUGAGUGAAUUAGAAAAGAUGAUUUUAAGCUCUCCUAUAAAUCAGCAAAAGUUGGCUUGCUCCUUGAUAUUAGCAAUAAUGCAGGAAUAUGCAAUCACUGUAAAAUCAGCUGAUGUAGGUUUAAUAUGGGAAGUACAUUUUCGUUUGAAAAAGUCCUUUGAAGGAGUGGAUUUGAAAAGAAUAUUCAGAUUUACGGUGAGUGUUUUGGAACAAAUUGUGAGAUCUGGACACAGGCCUGAAGGAGAACAAGCAUUAUUAACCAAACAACUUUUGACUAUUGUGGAAACUGUACUUUGCUGGAGUCAUGUUUCACCAUUGUUGUCAAAGCGCUUGAUUGGAGCUUUCGAGGCUAUUAAUGAGAGUGACUCUGCUCCACCAUUACGCUUGAGCUUAAGUUGGAGGGAUACUAUAAUGCAACCAGAGCUCUUAGCAUUAUUCUUUGAGAUACAUAUGUAUGUGAGAUCAAAUCCUGAACUGGCCAAUCAUUCUAUGACCUGUCUGGUUCAAUUGGCAAGUGUUAGUGGAGUUGCAGUUUCAGUGGGCAAUUUAAAACAGCCGUAUUUGGAAAACUAUGUAAAUAGUUUUUUAAACAUGAUGGCAUAUAUUCAGCCUGUAGCAGGUGAAAUGCUUGGCAUAUCUGAUAUAUACAGAAGACUGAUACAAUUUUUCUCACCGCAAUUGAUAGCUGCUACACCACCAUCAUUCCUCCAAAAUCUGACAAUUUUAACUUGUCAAAGUAUUAGAAGUGCUGUUGCAGAAGAAUCACAAAGUGAUGACACAGUCUGGAAGGAAUCACUAAAUAAGUUUCUACACACAUGGUGUUCUAUAGUACAUGAUUCAGAUGGUUAUUCAAAUGAAACCUUAAUGAAUCCUUGUAUAGAAGUAUUCAAUACAUAUCUUCAAUGCAGACUGGGACCCCCUGAUGGAACAAGAGGAUCUUGGGCUGUUGAAGAAGACAUCAAGGACGAUAUUGAAGAGGAUGAACGCAAACAGCACAGUAAUGUUCUUUUAACUAUAGGUGCGAUAGCAAGAAAGGCUCCUGCUCAUUGCUGUCAUAUCUUGUUCACACUCCUCCAAAACAGAAGUAAAAGGCUUGAGAAUCAACUACAAUUAAUGCAUAUGGGAAAACUGCCCAUAAGCAGUGGUGGUGAACUAGUCAGCUUAUUCGAGGAUUUACACUGGAUCCUGAUGAUUACUGGCCAUUUCUUAGCAGUGGACUGCACUGAAGGUGAAACAGUCAUGAUACCACAGGAGAUUAUAAGCUAUAGUAUCCGCGAAAAUGCCAAUGUCGACGCAUCUUUAAGAUAUCUUGUGGGCGAGAACCAGAAUACUGAAAAUGUGGACCCAAUACUCAAGCUCAUUGGAGAGAUUCUCCGCAUAAGUGCUUGGGAAUGUGCGGCCUUAGAAGCCGGUCUCGCCACUGUUUUUAGUCCAGAACUAUCUGCCACCAUUUCAUGGUUGUUGAAGAUAUGGGCUAACUCAUACCUAAUGCCGCAAUCAUCAGUGUAUUCUGAAAUGUCCCCUAUAUUGGAGAUGGCAUUCGGCCGUUCGUCGCGCGGCGUCUCUUGGGUAGUGUCGCGACUGGCGGGUCGCGCGGGAACUUGUCUCCGGCACAUGGGCACCCAGCCCGUUGCCGCCACACAAGCCCUGCGUCUGCUGACGACGCUCGCGCACGCGCGUCACAAACAAAACCCAUUGGCUAGCUGUGAAGAAUUUCUGAAUCUAGUUGCUUGGGAAGCUUCAGGUAGCAACUUACCUGGCGAGCAUAGAAGAGAGCUGCAUAGAGCGUUUGCUAUCGCCGCCACAUAUGCCGAAGGAGACAUAAGGAAUAGGCUGUUAGCUAGCACAGCUGCAUUACAGGAGAAAUUGACGAACAUCAUAAAUAUGGAAUCCGAUACUGAGCCGGUGCGCAAUAUGCUUGCCGACACUCUGGACUGCUUUAUUGGGGUCACUGAGGGCGUCCUUGAGGUGGGAACAAUGGAUGAACAGUAUAUGAUGUUAAUUGGUGCCUUAGAUAAGAUACCUGGUAUUAUAUUUAGAUAUCACAAUUACCCGGCUGUGGUUCUACCUAGUUUGAACCUUCUCGCCAAAAGCGCUAAACGAAUGCUGCAUUCGGUACCACAAAAUUUCAAUAAAUUUUUAGAGGUGUGUAAUACAACAUUCGAAGUUUACCUUAAAUGGAAUUCCGGAAAGAUAUCAAGUAUUCCGCAAGACGCAGAGGAGGAAGCGUAUGAGGACAUUUGCGCCCUUAUGGAAGUGAUAUGCUGUAUAGCUCGAAGUGGCGCCGAGAGAGGGGUGGGCGAUACUUGUGCAAGGGGACUUCGUAUUCUAUUGCCUCUUAUAACCCCGCCCCUACUAGCGUUACCUACUCUAGCGCAUCACGCGUAUAGGAUGCUACGGGAUCUGGACUCUGCCGAUCAGCUGACCUCCCUGCCAAUAGAAGACUUCAAUAUGGUGGUGACCGCACUAAGGGUAGGCCUCACAGCCGUAUCUUACGACGUUUCUACAGUAUGCUGCGACACUAUCGUCGGACUUUCGAAUAAGGCGCGUACGCUAGGUGAAGAUAACCCUUAUGCUUUAUCACUAUUGACACUAGCGGAACUUUUAUUGAUGCUCAUAAUCAAAAUGGAAAUUCCACCCGAUUCCAUACCAGCAGCUGGCGCUGCAAUAUACGCCUUAACGUGCGUGAAACCAGCUUUAUUGGAAGGUUUAGCGAGACAGUUGAUUGAAGCAUUCGCGGUCAAUGACCCUGCGAACGUCCCUAGACUCGAAGAGGCAUUCGGCGUUUUAACCAACGGCGUUCUAUUUGACGGCAUGAGACAGCACAAAAUACGCUUCCAAGACAAUUUCGACAAGUUCCUUGCGAACGUUCACGGCUUCCUUAUUGUAAAAUAAUCAUCUAUUAUAAAAACGACUGAGAGAAUAUUUGGCAGUGGCAUCCGAUGCAUGUGAAGUGUAUGGGAGUUCACUUGGAAUUUCUGGGGAGGUACGAGGCGAGAAUGUUAGCUAGCUAGAUAUUUUAUGAAAAAAAAUUCAAUGAGGCAAUGAGAGAUUCAUUGCCAUCACGCUAGCUGGCUUAGCCAUUGUGGCGAUCUGAGUAGUGUAAAAUGUAUUAAAAGUAAUUUUUGCGACUUCUUUAUUGACGCUAAUGGAAUAAGGAUCUUUUGACAAAAUUCGUAAACUUAAGAGUUAUAAAUAAAAAAUAAUUGACAUGAACCAAAUGUUUUGAGAAGACUUAUUUGAAUUUAUUUGUUUAAGCGUGAGAAUAUUGAAUGAAAUGUUCGAUGAUUGAUCAAUCCUAAGUCGUAAAUACUUACAAUGUCCGUAGAGAAAGCAUAUAGGGAUGAUGAUAAACUUUUUUAUCUUCUUGAUGACAUUUUUUUUACAAAAGAGCUGACUUAAUAAAAUUAGCCUUUUUUUACAACUUAAUUGUCGUUGAAGAAAGUUAUGGGGUGUAUUUCGAAAUAUACAGAGAGUAAGCUGGCCAGGGGUAAUGACGUCAUGAAUUGACGCCAUGCUGUUGAUUCGUUACAUGCUGUGACGUCAUGAACUGGCGCUAUAUUCAAGCAGUCUCGUGUGUGUGCGUACAACGUUCAUGAAUAAGUAAGAAAACUAAUUUUUCUAUUUGUUGAGAUUCCA